AUGGACACUCUAGAGAGUCCAAAAACAAGUGAUGUUGUACAUUAUCACAUAUAUGUUGCCUCAGAUGAGCCGGCCUCGAUUCCUGUGAAUAAGGAUGUCGCUUCUCAUUCUAAUGCCCAAGAGCGACCACACCAUCAGUCCCAUCCAGACACAGCAGCAGGUAGCACGACGUACGGCAAGUCGACGAGAACUACAUUCUCUGACCUCCCUGCCGAGCUGCGGGAAAUGAUUUGGGAAUACGCGCUGCCAGACUCGAGAGUGUUCAACGCGUUGGUGUACGCCUCUGCGGGGUUGAAGAUGCAGCUAUUAGAGCGCAGUAGCCUACGAAUGCCGAUUGCCCACGUCUGCUUUGAGUCACGUCAGGUUGUCCUGAAAGCUGGGUACAGGUUGGCCUUUCGCGAUGAAGAUGAGCCUGACGAUCCCGGCGUGUUUUUCCACCCUCAUAGGGAUGUUAUUGAGAGGACACUCUGGGGACCCGGUGAUUUCUGGGGUUUGAAGUGA